UCGUUCUUUGACAUUUUAUUGUUGGUAUUUAUCCAACUACAUCUCUCUUUUUCCAAUUAUUAUCUAAUCAAUAACGACACACCUAUUUAUAUUCUUCUUCUCUACUUAUAUUACUUAUAUAUAUCAAUUGCUACUAUUCCAACGACUGCUUCUUCUUUUAUAACCUUAUCCCAUCAAACCUAUAAUAUAUCCUCAUCGAACCACAGUUCAUAAUCCAUAUUCAUAUUCAUAAUCCAUAAUCCAUAUUCUUACCCUAUAUUCUUCCACUCUUUCUUUUUCUCACCACUAUUCUCUCUACUCUCAACCUAUAUUAUCUUUUCUCAUAAUGGCUUCUAUUGCAAAAUUCACUGGAACUAAAAACAAAGAUGGUAAAUACACUGUCACCUUGAUCGAAGGUGAUGGUAUUGGUAUUGAAAUCUCAAAAUCAGUCAAGGAUAUCUAUGCUGCAGCUGAGGUCCCCAUCAAGUGGGAACCUGUCGAUGUUACUCCCCAGUUAGUUAAUGGUAAGACAACUUUACCUCAAGAGGCUGUCGAUUCGGUUUUUAAAAAUAAAGUAGCACUCAAGGGUCCCUUGGCUACCCCCAUUGGCAAAGGUCAUGUCUCAAUGAACUUAACCUUAAGAAGAACCUUUAAUCUAUUUGCCAACGUUAGACCAUGCAAAUCAAUUGUUGGUUACAAAACUCCUUACGAUAACGUCGAUACUGUUUUAAUUAGAGAAAAUACCGAAGGUGAAUAUUCGGGCAUUGAACAUACAAUUGUUCCCGGUGUCGUUCAAUCAAUCAAAUUGAUCACCAAACCUGCCUCUGAAAGAGUUAUCAAAUACGCUUUUGAAUACGCUAGACAUGUUAACAAACCAAAAAUUUUAGUGGUUCAUAAAGCCUCAAUCAUGAAACUUUCCGAUGGUUUAUUUGUCAAUACUGCAAAAGAAGUAGCAAAGGACUACCCAGACGUAUCUUUAGAUUUUGAAUUAAUCGAUAACACCUGUCUCAAAUUAACCACCGAUCCAACCCAAUACUCCGAUGUUGUAAUGGUUAUGCCCAACUUAUACGGCGAUAUCAUGUCAGAUUUAUCCUCUGGUUUAAUUGGUGGUUUGGGCUUAACUCCAUCUGGAAAUAUGGGUAACAAUGUUUCCAUUUUUGAAGCUGUCCAUGGCUCUGCUCCCGAUAUUGCUGGAAUGAAUCUUGCUAAUCCAACUGCUUUACUAUUAUCUUCUGUAAUGAUGUUAAGACACAUGUCUUUAGAUUUUUAUGCCGAUAAAAUCGAAAAAGCUAUUUUACAAACAAUUGCUUCUGGUCCAGAAAAUAGAACAAAAGAUUUAAGAGGUCAAGCUGGUACUGACGAAUUUACAAAAAAAAUCAUUGCUAAUUUAGAAUAGUUACGUAAAAAUCUUAGAAAAAAAUAUGAAUAAAA